CGCGCAGCUCGUGAGACGCCGCGCCAGCCGGCACCAUGCGCCUGCGGCCGCUGCCCCUCGUCGUGGUCCCCGGCUUGCUGCAGCUGCUAUUUUGUGACAGUAAAAAGGUGGUGCAUGCCACAGAAGGGCUGGAUUGGGAAGACAAAGAUGCUGCGGCGACACUGGUGGGAAACGUGGUACACUCAAGGAUCAUCAAUCCUCUGCGCCUGUUUGUUAAACAGUCUCCAGUCCCCAAGCCCGGACACUUGGCGUAUGCGGACAGCUUGGAGAACUUUUGGGAUUGGCUAGCCAACAUCACGGAGGUUCAGGAGCCCUUGGCAAGAACUAAACGGAGGCCAAUAGUGAAAACGGGAAAAUUUAAGAAAAUGUUUGGCUGGGGCGACUUCCAUUCCAACAUUAAAACUGUUAAGCUCAACCUCCUCAUCACAGGGAAAAUCGUUGACCAUGGAAAUGGAACCUUCAGUGUUUAUUUCCGACAUAAUUCCACAGGCCUAGGCAAUGUUUCAGUGAGUUUGGUACCCCCCUCCAAAGUGGUGGAAUUUGAAGUUUCCCCGCAGUCUACCUUGGAGACCAAGGAAUCCAAAUCUUUCAAUUGUCGCAUUGAGUAUGAAAAAACAGAUCGGGCGAAGAAGACUGCCCUGUGCAACUUCGACCCAUCCAAGAUCUGCUACCAGGAGCAGACUCAGAGCCACGUUUCCUGGUUGUGUUCCAAGCCCUUCAAAGUCAUUUGCAUCUACAUUGCCUUUUACAGUGUUGAUUAUAAACUUGUGCAAAAGGUCUGUCCUGACUACAAUUACCAUAGUGAGACUCCAUACUUAUCUUCUGGCUGAAUCUUUCUACAGCCAAUAGAAAGGAAGGACAAAUAUAUAUUCACUUAGAAUGACCAAGAACCAAGCCCAGCUCUUCAUGGUAAAGGAUCCCUUUUGUUUCUGGCAGUGAACCUUCAUUCCCUAUAAGGUUUUCAAACCUAAAAGAAAAAGAAACAUCUUUAAAUGUGAAUUGUGUUUGUUUUGAUCCUAAGUACCUGAAUCUAAAGAGUAAAACUGUGUAUGAAGCCAUCGCUCUCACAUAGGAUGGCUAAGCCCUCCAGUUAUUGUUUCUCUAAGAGUCGAUGGUAGCAACAUGUAACAGGAAAGAACCAAAUUAUGCAUGUGAGGAACAUUGCUCUUGAAAUGAGCCUGCCUUUGAAGUAUGUUUUGGAAGAUUACCUUAAAAAUAGCAGAUUCAGUAAAGCAACUGAAAAGAUUGUAUUUGGUAGAUGAAUCGCAUUUCUGACACUGAAUUCUUUUUUUAUUGCUGUCUUUUCUCCCACAUCUGUGCUGUUACUGAUAUGAGAGAUGAAG